UAAAUAUAAUAUUAGGUAUAAAAAAACCGCGUCACAGUGUCUGUAUCUAGUCCUCACUUCUCGGUCGAUUCUGCGUACGAGAAGUGCGCAAAGGCCUGUCGAACAAAAUUCCCGCGAGCCCUGAUCUGUUAAGCCUGCCUAAAUAUUUAUAUCGGUGUAUUUGUGUCUGAUGACUGGAACCACGAAGUUGGGGAACGCUAUAAAGAAUUACAUCACAGUGAAAGUAGGAACAGUAUCAUUUAGUUGUGUCUGAUUGUAGCAAAGCUUUGAAAAGUUAUAAAAUGAGGAAAAUGGAUCAUAGAUUUUUUGUACAAAUCUAAUGGAAAUUUUGUUUCCUAAUACUAUUAGAAUUAUUCAAUUGGAUAUGGCGGAUGAACGAUUAAGGCCGAUCGGACGUGGUGUUCCGAUGGGCCGGGGAUCACUUUUGGAUAUGUUGAAAAAACAGACCGGCAGAGGAGAUACUCCAACCCCACCACCAAGUUUCACCCCAGUUGCCAUUCCUAAUCCGGCGACUCUGGCCCCAAGUUUGGGUCGUGGUCGUGCUGCGCUGUUAGGACUUAUUAAAAAAUCAACAGAAGGGCCAGCCCAAAUUAUUCCAAGUUCGGAACAAGCUCCAAUAUCGACAAUUUCUCAGCAACCCGUAUCAGCUCAAGCAUUACCAAUUUCUGAGCAACCUCCACAAGCUCGUGGCAGAGCUUCACUUCUUAGUUUAAUGAAAAAGCAAACCCCGUUUCCAGUGACGUCUCAAACUUCAAUGCAAUUCACCCCUGCAGGACCUUCGGGUGACUUACCAAAUCAAGCAAUCAGUGCAAUGGCUAGUCUGACAAUUACUGAGUCUGUUGUUGAAUCUGAAGUGAUAUCACGUCAAGGUUUUGCUGGCACAACAAUUGAUUUGAAUGCCAAUUAUAUACGCCUGAACGUGGACCAAGGUCGAGGCGUACAUGAGUACGAAGUCAAGUACUCUCCCGACCUGGAUUCACGUCCUUUACGAAGUAAAUUGCUGUACCAACAUUCAGUGACCCUUGGUGAAGCAAAAAUAUUCAAUGGAGUGACUUUACACCUCGCCCAGCCAUUACCAGAAAAUAGGACAGAGCUUCAAUCAGAACAUCCGAUGGAUGGUUCGAUCGUCAAGCUAACGAUAAUUUUCAAGAGACAGCGUCGACUUGGUGAACUCCCCGGGCUUUUCAAUGUUUUAUUCAAGCGUGUAAUGCAUGCCUUGGAUUUAGUACAAAUUGGGCAAAAGCAUUUCAAUUCUAGAGCAGCUCAUUCUGUGCCCCAACAUAGGUUGGAAUUGUGGCCAGGAUAUGUUACGGCCAUUGAUGAAUAUGAAGGCGGCCUUCAACUUUGCCUAGAGAGCACUCAUAGAGUCUUGCGCACAGAAACUGUGCGUGAUCUCAUCAACCAAGUGUAUACCAAACACUCGUCUGGUCACUUUCGAGAUGCAGUUAUGAAAGAAUUAAUGGGUGUAUCAGUAUUAACUCGUUAUAACAACAAAGUUUAUCGUAUUGAUGAUAUAAAUUGGGAUGAAAAUCCUCUUAAAGAGUUCACUUUGAGCAAAGAUCCACAAAGUAAAAUGAGCCUUUACCAGUACUACAAGAAUCACUGGAAUAUUGAAAUCAGAGACCAAAAACAACCUCUUCUGAUACAUAGAGCCAAAAAAAGACUUCCCUCUGGCGAGCAAAUUGAGGAAAGUCUUGACUUGAUUCCGGAGUUGUGCUACCUGUCCGGCCUCACUGAGUCUAUGCGACAAGAUUUUAAAGUGAUGAAAGAUUUAUCAGAAGUGACAAGAAUAUCGCCUGAGCAUCGUGUUGAUGUGGCCCACCGGUUCAUUCAAGAAGUAAAGAAAAAUGAAAUUGCUCGCAAAUUGUUGGCCAGCUGGGGAUUGAACUUGGCUGACCAUGUCGUUGCCCUUCCUGGAAGAGUCGUACCAACAGAGACAAUUUUCUUUGGAAAUAACAAACAAAUCCAAGGUCAGGCUAAUGCUGAUUGGAAUAGUGCUGCAUGUCGUUUACCAAUGCUGAGUACUCCUGGUCUGAAAAAUUGGUGUCUCAUUUACUGCCAAAGGGAUUCCAAAUCGGCAGAAGAUUUCAGCCAGAUGUUCCCAAAGGUCGGUGAGGCCAUGGGAAUGCAAGUUUCGGUUGGCCAUCUAAUUAAGCUAAAAGAUGACCGAACCGAAACUUUUUUAAGAGAGUUAAGACAAAAUAUAUCCCCGACAAUGGAAAUAAUGGUCAUUGUGUUUCCUACAAAUCGCAAUGAUAGAUAUGCUGCUGUCAAAAAACUUUGCUGUGUUGAAAUGCCGAUUGCAUCUCAAGUGAUAAUUUCUAGAACAAUAAAUCGUCCAGACAAGCUCAAGAGUGUUACCCAGAAAAUUGCGUUGCAAAUAAAUUGCAAGCUUGGUGGCACUCUAUGGGCCUUAAAAUCACCCAUGGAUAAUGUUAUGGUCUGUGGGAUCGAUAUACAUCAUGCAGGUGCAGGUCAGAGCAAACACGGAAGUGUUGCUGGUUUUGUGGCCAGUCUUGACAAACCUUUCACACGAUGGUUUAGUAAAGUUUGUCUGCACAGACCUAAUCAAGAGUUAAUUGACGCUCUAAAAGUGUGCCUGAUUUCAGCGUUGAAGGCUUACUUCAAGGUUAAUCAGCGUUUUCCUACUCGAAUAAUAAUAUAUCGUGAUGGUGUGGGUGAUGGUCAAUUAGAGGUUAUCAAAAAUUUUGAAGUGAAGCAAUUAGAAGAAUCCUUUGCAUUGAUUGCUCCAGACUAUAAGCCCACGCUUACUGUCAUCAUUGUACAAAAGAGGAUCAACACAAAAAUUUUCUUGAAAGAGGGAAAACGUUUAGCUAAUCCUCCUCCUGGAACAGUGGUGGACCACACAAUAACACGUCGUAACUAUUACGACUUUUUCUUAGUUAGUCAAAACGUUCGUCAAGGUACCGUUUCACCGACUCACUACUUGGUUAUUCAUGACACAAGUGAAAUGAAGACUGAUCAUGUGCAAAGACUGAGCUUUAAACUCUGUCACAUGUACUACAACUGGCCAGGUACUGUUAGAGUACCUGCCCCUUGUCAAUAUGCGCAUAAACUUGCAUUCCUAGUCGGUCAGAGUAUACAGAUGGAGCCUCACCAAUCGUUAUGGGAGAAACUUUAUUAUCUGUAGAAACUCGCGCCUUUCCACGAGCACAGAGAAAUUGGCGCAGUUGCCCAUGAUACACGUGGAUACAAAGUUCAUUAGAUUUUUUAAGACGUUUUUUUCAGGUUAUCGCACAUACGUGUAUCGUACAUACGUGUAUCGUACAUCUAAACAUCUUUGAAGCAUCAGCUUUUCUCUUCAGAUAAUCCGCGUCUUCAUUUAGUAGACUACGAAUUCGUUCAGUAAUGAAUCUUAAUGCAGUAUUAUCUGAAAACAAUCUAUGUUUCAGUUUAAGUAGAGGUACUUCGUUACAAACUCAUAUCUCCGAUAUGUCACACAGCCUUUUUGUCAGGUAGACCAGACCAUUACGUGUUGCAUAAAUACGUAAAGCCAAAUUACAAGUGAUUCGUUUUUCUUUUCCGUUUUUGUUAUUCAUAAUUUUACUAUUAUUUAAAAAUUAUGAUCAUGUUAUUAUGGCAUACAAUGCGUAAGUGUAAUGUAUGCCACUUACUGAUUCCUUCUACUAUCGAUUCUUUUUAAAAAAAAAUCGAGCCAUGAUAAAGCUUCGAGGCGAAAAUCUAGCAUUUCUAAUCCAUACGUAAUACUUUUAGGUUAUAAAAAAAAUUAAUUUAAAUCAAUUUCGUCAGAGUAUCUAAAUUGGGAUAACUUGAAAAAAGUUCUGUUGUAUUGAUAAAUUAAUUUUAUUUCUCCAACUUCUACACGUGUCGGAUAGACCCAGAUAACGCCAAAACGCUAUACCAAAUAUUAUGGAUAUAUAUAAUUGUUGUUACCCAAUGCUAAAGCUUCGACUAAAAUCGUUGAUAAGGCCUUACUUAUCUUGACAUGUUUUCGGAGUUAGGAUAAAGAUACAAUGUUAGUAUUACGAAUUAACCGUGAACGUAAUUACUAUUUCCUCGUUUGAAUUAAUUGUUGUCGAAGAGUUUUAUUACUUCAAAACUUGUGUAAUAAUGUAGAAACAAAGAAUCUCCAUUAUUAAAGGUCUAAGAAAGCUAAUUUUCGGUAUGAAGUGAUAAUCCAAUUUUCCCUGCUCGCGAAAAAGUCUAAAAUAUAUUUUAUGUAGACCAUCUAACUUUUAUACAAAUAAAUAAAUGCAUACUAAUUUUAUUCUAUGCAAUGCUGUUCACAUGCGUGUAAUGUUUCAAAGGGUAGAAAGCAUUUCCAAAAACAAGAAAAUAAAUGGGUUUGACUGAGCCUG